AUGUCGUGGGCCCUGAAGAAGCGUGUGGGCUCGGACCAGGCUCCCGGCCGCGACAAGAACAUCCCUGCCGGGCUGCAGUCCAUGAACCAGGCCCUGCAGCGCCGCUUCGCCAAGGGGGUGCAGUACAACAUGAAAAUUGUAAUCCGAGGAGACAGGAACACAGGGAAAACCACACUCUGGCACCGACUCCAAGGGAAGAAGUUUGUUGAGGAAUACAUUCCUACUCAGGAGAUCCAAGUCACCAGCAUCCACUGGAACUAUAAAACCACUGAUGAUAUCGUAAAGGUUGAAGUCUGGGAUGUAGUUGACAAAGGAAAAUGCAAAAAACGUGGAGAUGGCUUGAAAUUGGAGAACGACCCUCAAGAGGCAGAGUCAGAGAUGGCUCUGGAUGCGGAGUUUCUUGAUGUGUACAAAAACUGCAAUGGAGUAGUGAUGAUAUUCGACAUCACCAAGCAGUGGACAUUUAACUACAUAUUGAGGGAGCUUCCUAAAGUGCCCACCCAUGUUCCAGUGUGUGUGCUUGGGAAUUACCGCGAUAUGGGAGAGCACCGGGUCAUCCUGCCAGAUGAUGUGAGGGAAUUCAUUGAUAAUCUGAACAGGCCUCCGGGCUCAUCUUAUUUUCGCUAUGCUGAAUCUUCCAUGAAGAACAGUUUUGGCCUCAAGUAUCUACACAAAUUCUUCAACAUCCCAUUCUUGCAACUACAGAGGGAGACAUUGCUACGGCAGCUGGAGACAAAUCAGCUUGAUAUUGAUGCAACGUUGGAAGAGCUCUCAGUGCAGCAAGAGACAGAGGAUCAGAACUACGAAAUCUUCCUUGAAAUGAUGGAAGCCCGAAGUCGUGGACAUGCAUCCCCAAUGACAACUAAUGGACAGAGCCCUUCCUCUGGCUCCCAGUCACCCAUAGUACCUCCCAGCUGCACAUCAACAGACAGUUCUAGUCCUGGUACCCCCCAGCCACCACCACCUCAGCAGCUUCCUGCCAACACAACAGCAUCUCCUGAGCCUCCACCAUCCUUGUCACCAAUGCUUCUACUAGAGGCUCAGCCACCAUACACAUCACCCCCCGCCACAGCCUCCCCAGCAAUGCCUGUUGCAGUCCCACUGCAGAAACGCAGCAUUAUCUCCCGCCUCUUUGGAACAUCACCGGCACCAGAGACGUCUCCUUCCCAGCCAGAUGCUGCUACUAUUCCCCCCAGUGAAGUUCCUGAAAAAGUACAGAGUGUGGAGGACUUUAUUCCAGAGGACAGCCUGGACCGCAGUUUUCUGGAAGAUCCAAACCCUCAGAAAGACAAGGGGAUACCAAGGACUAAGGACCACAAUGAAAGUGACAGUGAUGGGGAGGCUUUUGGAGGGAAUCCCAUGGUAGCUGGUUUCCAAGAUGAUCUGGAUCUCGAUGACAGAGUGCCCAGCAAACACUCACUGGCAACAGAACUUAUACCAAGCAAAAAUGUUAUUUUGUCAAGUGAGGAGGAGACGGAAAUGGAGGAUGUUCCAGUCACCAUCACGGCUGAUGAAGACAUUUACCUGGACCGAGAAGCACAAUGGUCCUGCAAAAAUUCAGUGAGACCUCAAAAGGAAGCAGCUUCCACUAAAGCACCUGACCAGAUGCCACCAGGCAGCUUACCUCUGCAUUUUGGAUCCGAGAGAAACAGCAGCACAAAGCUCCCCACAGAUCUGCCAGCCACUGGAACUGCUGCUCCUACAGCUGCAGCAUCAGUCCAGGUACAAGGGACUACUUCCCAGAACAAGGACUCAGUUUCCAAACCAAAGGGAAGCAAAGAAGAAAAGCCAGUGGAGUCUGACAGCGAUCGGGAGGGACCAAUAGCCACUCAGAUGCUCUCAUUUGUGAUGGAUGACCCGGACUUUGAAAGCGAGGAGUCUGACAGCCAAAGGAAGAAAGUGAGUGAGUUCCCUGUCCGAGAAGACCCCUCUGAUGUCUCCGAGGAAGACACCUCUUUGACAAAGCCUCCACAGCUCGUGAAGUCUACAAUUCGCUCCUUCAAGCUGAAGAAUAACUCUGAUCUCUUUGGCUUGGGUUUGGAAGAAACAGGCCCCAAAGGGACCAGUGACGAAGAUAAAGAAAAACAUCCUUCCAAGGAGAAAAAGAAGAAAAAAAAGAAGAGCAAAGAGGAAGAAGAGAAAUCUGUGAAGAAGAAAAGCAAACACAAGAAGUGCAAGGAGAAGGAAGAGAGCAAAGAUGAGAAGAAAAAAAAGAAAAGAAACAAAGAGAAAAACAAUGAGAUAGAUGAACUGGAGGCUUUUCUGGGAGGAGGAGCCAGCACCAGCAAGCAGCAAGGGGGCGGGGACUAUGAGGAGCUGUAGACUUUCAAUGUGUACAAUCAGCGGACUCCACUGGUGGCUGCCACCAGCUUUCUGUAUGAGCCAUGCCAGGAUGGGUAUACAUGUGUAAAGCUUUGGCUGUCUGCUGUAGGUACUGUUGAAACAGAGAUGGUGGAACAAACAAGCUUUACAUCUGUGUGUGCUAUUGUGGAGCAGUCAUUGUGUGGCAAGAAAGCACAGCCAUGGUAUACUUGAGGAAGAGUAAGGUCAUGGUACGGGAUUGUGGCAAUCUGUUCUCAUUCCCCCUACCACUGUCUAGCCCUCUUUAUGUUCUCCAGAGCAUUCCAAUCUGGUAUUGGCAGGGUGUGGGGAAGGAGAGGUGGUGGACCUGCUACCACCCCCACCCCAGCAUGUUCCACUGCUGCACCCCUGAAAUUCCUAUUUUAAGAAAUACAUGAAAGCAGCAAUACAGGCCAUUUGAAUGCUUCGUGCUGUCACCUUGUCGAUAAUCAAGUCUUUAACUUUUUAUCCUUCCUAUUUUUUUAAUGAGAAAGAUGUUAUUGACCUUUGCCCCAUAAAGCAAUCAACACACUUUAAAUUAGCAAAAUAUCUUCUUGUACAGGUUGUAAUGAAGCAGCUUCAGGGCCAGAAAUAAGAGUGAGUAUAACUUGGGAAUCUUUCUGCACAGCAGCAUAUUUUAAUCACUGGUGCUCCUUUUGGAAUCCAUGAAGCCCCUUUGAUUCCCAUACAGGUGAGUCACUGUGCAGUUGGGAAGACAAUGCUAAGUUACCUUUUACAAAAGAGAAAAAUUGAUACUUAUUUCCUAGUGUGGCUAGCAGCCCCCUCCUACAGCACCUCUCAGGGAUAUGACUACUGAAGAGAAGUGGAGUUACCAGUAUUUCAGGAGUGUUUACAGAAAUUUGUUAAUAUGGGAAGGCGUUUACUUCUCAGGGCAUGCUGUAAAACAGUAGCUGCCUCUGCACCAAAUGGGGAAACCACUUGAGCUGGGAAAAGCGUCCUUCAGGUUAUGCAGAUACUGAAAACCAGGUUUGCUAGAUCACCUAGCAGCUAGUGCAAGGCUCUUCCUUGCCCAGAGUAGAGUGCAGAACCUCCUCUUGUCACUCCUCUUGUGAGUUUUGAAUGCCUUUUAAUUUUGGCUCUGAUCUCAAAGAACCAUGUAUCAGUGCAGGCUCAGCAGUAAGGAUUAUGGAUGGUUAUUGAUACUCUUUUUCUGCCAUUCAUGCCUUUCACUGUCUUGGUGAGUGUCCCCCUCCCACCCUGUCUUUAAAGAUCCUGUUAAUAUUCUGAACCCUAUUGUGUUGUAUUCCCUCCAAGGCUCAUCCCUGGGAAGCCCAUUCACAUUUUUGUGCAUUUAUUAAAUAGUCCUUUUGCGUGUGUGUUGUUUUUAUCCUUUAAGUUGUAAAAGGUAGCCUGUUUGAAGGAAACUACAUUAAAUCCAAGCUUGGAUUUCCUUCCAUUUCCCCUUUCAGAGGGAAACUGCUUUGGAUCCAUCCUCCACUUCAGGGUUGCCUUGUACUAUAGAUAAUUGCUCCAUUUCCCCCCUAAGAAAUGCACUUGUAACUUUCUAUAUAUAACAAACUGGGGUAUUGCUGCGUGAGCAGUUUCAUUCCAGGUACAUUUUCCAUUAGCGGUUGCCUGGUUUUGUUUUAUGUGACACUUUGGAGAAUUUGCAUGGGACAUUUCAAAUUUCACAUACCAGGGAGAAAUAUCAGAAUGCAAAUCAGUUUGCAGCCUCUGCUCCAAAAAGGAAACAAGACAUUUGCACUACAGCUGACAAAGUGUUUCUGAAAGUGCUUCUGCUCUGUAAAGAUUUUGGAUCAUGUUACAUUUUUCAUUGAAAAAUCUCAUGCACUCCAUUCUGACUAUAAAGCUCUCUUGUACACAA